UUCGAGACAGUGAGAGAUCCCGUUAGCGCCACGGAAAAGAGACCGGCACGCGCCUCGUACCGCCAAUCUUACUCCACGAACACAAGUCUGAUUCGCCGCCGGUCGCCGGAGGAUAUAUAGCGUUGCCACAACGACCAUCUCUCCCUGCCCUGCCUCCUCGAACCAACACCAGAAGGAAAGAAUCCAUCUACCAUCCCUAACUCUCGAUCGGCGACGAUGAUGCAGCACGCCAUGGAUCCCUGGGCCUUUGCUCGCCCUCCGCCGCCCGGCUUCGGGUUCUCCUGCGCUCGCCAGCCCGUCGCCGACUUGUCCGCCCGUCUUCGACCUCCACCCUCUGGCUUCGUAUUCUCCUGCGUUCGGCAGCCCGUCGCCGACAGCUUGCCCGCCCGUCUUCGAACUCCGCCCCCCAGUAUCAAAUUCCCCUGCGCCCAGCUGGCCGUCGACGACGUGCCCGCCCGUGUUCGACCACCGCCUCCCGGCUUCUCCCGUCUUUGCAACAAGGUGCUCCCGCCAUCGCCCCGCGAGAUCACCGUGCCGCCGAAGUUCUCAAAGCGCGCGGCACCGCCGGUAUCCACAACCGUCUCCGACAAGCCCUCCGCGAAGCGCCAGCGGCUGUGCUCCGACUACGAAGACGACAUCGAAGCCAACCUCCGGCGGACGGAGCGGAGCCCCGAGGAGCGGCCGCGGCCGGACUACAUGAAGACGGUGCAGCAGGGCCGAGUGAGCCCGUCGGACCGCGCCCGCCUCGUCGGAUGGAUGGACGCGUUCGUCCGGCACCACGACCUCGUCGACGGCACGCUCCACCACGCCGUCGCCUACGUCGACCGGGUCCUAUCCGUGCGCGCCAUGAACACGCAUACCGACUACGAGCUCCGCCUCCUGGGUGCCGCGGCCGUCUUCGUGGCCGCCAAGUACGAGGACGGCUGGCGCACCAUGCCGAAGCUGGACCCCGACAAGAUCGUCAGCUACGGCAGGUUCGCCUCGAGAAAGGAAGUGCUCGAUAUGGAGCGCCACAUGGUGGCGGCGCUCGGGUACCAGCUGGGCGGCCCCACGGCGCACACCUUCGUCAGCCGCUUCACCAAGCACGCACAAGAAGGAGAGGAGGACCUGAAGAAGAUCCAGCGCAUGGCGCAUCACCUCGCGGACGAGUCGCUGCGAAACUACGCGUGCCUCGGCUACCUGCCGUCCGUCGUGGCGUCGUCUGCAAUCUUGCUGGCGAGGUUUGCGCUGAACCCGCCGGACGUACCGGCGUGGAGCACGGAGAUGCAGGAGCUCACGGGGUACAACGUCAUGAACUUGGCCGGAUGCCUGCAUGCUAUGCACAGCUUCUCCCAGUCGCUGUUAUGUGACCCCCAUUGCUGAUCAUCGAGGACAUGCAGUAGAAUCGCGUGGAAGUUAAUGUUCAUGUGUAUAUGCAUCUGAAGUAUUCAGGGUAGUAUAGUGUGUUUAUGUGGAGAACAGUCAGACAGAUUGAUAUGGAUUUGGUGUAAAUUGCUGCGAGUAUCUCCCUGUGAAUUGAACUGUGAUCGACCGCAUUGAACAUGCACAUUGAUAAGGACUGUACAAUCUUGAGGAAGUUGUUUGUAAUGUUUAGGCAUAUGCACCUGAAGUCAAUGCAUGGAUUGCCUCACUUUUUUCAUCCAUUUACACUAGCUUUUAUGUUGAGAAGAAUAGUCAAACUGAUUGAUGGAUUUGGUGUAAAUUGUUGGGACAGUAUUGUGUCCCU